AUGCGCCUGCAGUACGUCGUAAUUGUCCUUGUUGAAGGGAAUCCUCUUGUGCGACUUAGAAGCUCCUUGAACCUGGCCAUUUCCCUUUCGACGCGACGUCUUCGAAUCCUGUCCCUCCGUCGCAACGGCCUCGGAUCCAUUCUUCUCCUUUCAAUGUUGAGCAGGGUUCCUCGCGCUGUGGUCACGGUUCCCUGCAAGAGUACUCCCAGAAGCCUGAAAGAAACUACGAGUCAGCAAGCAAGAAGGGAGCCACAUUGCAAUGGAUCAAACCUGUUGAACGACUCCGCCGCGUUUGUGGUCCGCAGGAUCGAGACAUCCCAUUUGCACCACAUAUCCCCCUCUACUGAUGCGCUUGGAAAGCACCUCUUCGCCGCGUUGAUAGCGGCCUUUUCAUAAUCGAGCAAGAUCCUUAUGUUAUUCCUUCCGCCCGCUGCCUCAAUCGCUUCUUUGAGCUUCCCAAAAAUUCGCUCGUACACUCCUGGUCGUGAUGGCGAACAGGAGUGGCACGUCCACGGAGUUUGCCAUGACUCCGUGGAUGGUGUACAGUUGUCCGUUGGCGUUGGUGGCGUCCGGUUGAAGGUCGUGGACACCGUCGCCCACCAAGCCAUAUAAUCCAAUUCUGCAGGCUUUCUCAAUAAUCGCGUUGGAAUAAUAGAUGUGUAUUUCACCAGUGCGGUACUGCAGGAACGUUGCGCCGUCCGGGAGAAGUGCGAAAUUUUCCGGCACUGAAUCCAUGGUGACGCGAGAUCCGUGCAGUUUCGAUAAUGCCCUUCUUAUGGCGUAGCGGCGUGAGUCAUACCCGUUUCUGCAAAAGUAGUGAAGCCUGUCUUCUCUUUCUGCCUCACCUGCGCCUUCACUGUAGUCGAUUUCUUCCGCCAAGCUUUGAUAUAUCUGCUUGGGCGCACGAAGGCAUAACGAGAAUCCUUCGGUAUUUCUUGGCAUUUCUUAUACACUGCCCUUGUAACUACGUCCUGUUCGUACUUCCACGGAAUGCAUAUAUGCGGUAGCUGCACGGGAUCGCCUACGAGGUUACUCCCGUCUCUGGCCGCUAUGCUGAUGGUCUUCCCAUUCUUCCUGCACCCUGUGCAGCGGUAG